AUUUUCUCAUUAAAAGUCCAAAUUUUCCCAUGAAAGUUACAAUUUACCGUUGGAAUAUUCUGAUAUAAUUUAGUAGAAAUGAUUUUAAAAGUUUGUGCAAUUAGUUUAUUCUUGAUAAUUAAUGUGGUUCCAACGGAAUGUAUGGUCGAAAAGAUCAACAAAACAUUGUUCAGCAAUUAUCGAGAUUUACAGAAGAUCAUGAAUAACUUGGGCGAAACGGAAAGGCCAAAGCCUGAUGAAAAUUCCGUCAUGGAGUUUAGACGAUCUAUGUUUUCCGUUGUAAAGAAAGAAAAAGAUGAAGCUCGAACUUGUGGACAGUUAAUUGAAUCUCGAGGCUUUAAUUACAAAGUAUACAACGUUACAACUUCCGAUGGUUAUAUUAUAACUAUCUAUCGAAUUAUCAAUCCAACGUUCAACGGAACUAAACUACCAAGACCAUUCUUGCUCGUACCUGGUGCUUUCUGGUCAUGUCCAGUUUUCCUUGCUAAUCAGAAGGAUAAACAAGGUUCACUUGGCUAUUAUUUAGCUGACCGAUGUCAAGAUGUUUGGAUUAUCAACCCGAGAGGAAGCGUUUACUCAAGGAAUCACACUCACUACAAACCAUCAGAGAAUAGGAAGUAUUAUAACUAUACCUAUUUCGAUAUCGGUGAGAAGGAUAUUCCUGCAGCCGUUGAACUUAUCAAAUCGGAAACGGGAUAUAGUCAAAUUAAUGUCGUUGCUUAUUCACAGGGAACAUUGGAACUUAUUGUUCUAUUCUCAAAGAAUCCAUCUUAUGAAAGAAGCUUUCAUUUGAUUUUCUUUAUUGGACCUAUUGGAUACUUGGGUCAACUCGAAGGGAUUUCCGGUACUCUCCCUCGUGAUCCCAUAUCUUUAAAACUAAUCGAAAUGUCCCCCGGGCCAUUUCCUCCCUUUUUCCCUAUUCUUGACUUUUCUUUGGUCGCGUUUUUUUGCACAUUCAGUAUACAGAUUCCCAUUUGUUUGGAGUUUUUUAGUCAAGUCUCUGGUCCUGAUAGAAUGCAAGUUCGGCUUAAUCGUUUACCUGUUUACUUAAGUUUAGGCGAACCAACAAGUCCGAAACUUGUUCUCAAAAUAUUACAAGAUAAUCAAAAUGAUGCUAUUCGUGAAUACGAUUAUGGAAAAGAUGAGAAUCGAGCAAUUUAUGGUCAAGAGAAACCUCCAAUGAUUAAUUAUCAGAAUAUUCCUACACAUAAAAUUGUCCUAAUUAGCGGAGAAAAUGAUUACAUUGCAACUUCGCAAAAUGUUCAAAAGUUGCGAAAUUCAGUCAAUGGUAGAUUCUUGGUUGAUCAUAUUGUUACAAAUCCUUAUUGGGGUCAUCUUGAUUUCGUUUUUGGUAAAGAUGCUGAUCUUUAUGUCAACGAAGUUAUUUUUACUCUAACUUUUAGAUAUACUCCCUCAGAAUCAACCAUCAACCAAUGUAAAAAGUUUGAUACAACCCCAGAGAGAAAUAGUAAUUCUUAUUCCGGUACACAGGCAAAUGGUAAUUCUGGUACAGUCGUAAAAACAGAUAGUCAAUCUAAUACAUUUUCGCAGACAAAUACCAAUGCUAAUACAGUCGCAGAGGCAAAUACUAGUUCCGAGUCGAAGGCCAAUACUAAUACUGACACAUCUUCACAGGCAAAUAGUAAUUCUGGUACAGUCACAGGAACAAAUAGCCAAGCUAAUACAGGAACAUCAAGUUAAACAGAAUUCCGUCAAUCAUUAGCAAAAACUAAUUCCUCUCUAAAUUAAAUAAAUUUCAACUGAAUAAAAUAA